AUGAAUGAAGUAAAGGAUAAAAUACCCCUCGAACAUAAAAUCUUUUGCGGAACAUUUUUUUAUUUAAGGACUGGUGGAUUCUGGAAACCAACAACUAUCAAGCAACAAUGUAUUGGGCUUAUUGUUGUUGGAUCAGUUGUGGACAUGCUAACACCAAAAGAAGAUGCAUUUGGUCAUUUUGUAAAAAACUGGUGCCUUACAGGUAUAGUUUCUCACACAUGGUCGAAUGGUGUAAAUGUUGCACUAAAAAGAAAACGAAUUCUUGAUGUCUUACAAAAGAAAAUAAUGAUAGAGCGUUGGACUUGUUUUCGAGAUCCCGAAGAAAGUAAAAUUAUAGAGGAUUCUAAAGAUACAGAAGAGAAAGUACUCAAAUAUUGGAUGAGUUUAGUAUUUGUCAAUGGCAUAAUGAACAUGCUUGUUCCGGUAAUUACUGAAAAUCCAGAUAAUAAUUUGAUGUGGGAUAGCUGGGUACCUUGCGAUAAACGCGUGUCUUCUUGCUUUUAUAUAUGUUGGUCACAACAAGUAAUUAGUUGGAUAACGGCAACUAUUAUUCACGUGUCUGCCGGCACUAUUGCUCUUAAUUUUAUGGAAAGAAUAUGUUCCCACUUUCGGAUACUCCAACACAGAUUGACGUUGGUGCCUGAUCUCGUGAAAAAGGGGGUGUUAAAUACUGCUGAGGAUGAGUUAUUUUAUCUAAACGAAUGUAUCCGUGAUCAUCAGAACAUUUAUUCUACUAUAGUGGAUAUAAGCAAAAUAUUCUACCCUGUUAUUUUCAUGCAUUUUGUAUUAAUUCUCUCCAUUUUGUGUACAAAUAUAUAUCUGCUAUCUACCGUGCCACUUUUCACUGGUGAUUUUACGGCCGUAGCUCUAUUUUUAUGCUGUAUGAUGUCUCACUUUUUCAUCUUUUGCUGGUGGGGAUAUAAAUUAACGGAAGUUGGUAAUGACGUUACCUACACGAUUUUCUCAAUGAAUUGGCUGGAGCUUCGAAAAGAGACCAGAAAGCGGCUACGUUUUAUGAUGUUGUCUGCAUCCAAAACUAUUCCACUAUUCAAUAACUUCAUAGUAGACUUAUCGCCUGAAAUGUUUUUGAAGAUAUUGAAGGUUUCAUAUUCUGCUUUCAAUUUACUGCAAACGCAAAACUGA